GCGCCCCUACGAUUUUUUAUGGGUAAUGCAAAUCAGCUGAUCGUUUGACAGAGGGUGUGGUUGUCAAACACACCCAUCAAUUAAAAUUGAACAGGUAGGAAAACACACUAAUUAAUUACUUUAUUAAUAACAGCAACGUACCGUUCUACUUUGUACCUGACCACGAGGAGAUAACAAGCGAGCAUUCAAAGUGGUAUUAUGACGCGCCCCGCCAGUCGACCAAAUGAGCUCCAGAUAACAGCAAGAUGUGGUAUUUGAUUGUGACGGGUCGGAGUGUGCUCUGGAUGGCGUCGAGUCUGUUGGCUACACUGUUGGUGUUAGCGGCGCUGGUGAGCCCCGUGUGGCUCGUCUCCGAUGAGAAAUCGGCGAAAUUUGGUAAUGAAACCGUUGUGUACACUCCCAGUGUGGGGGUUUACACGAAAUGUAGUAAACCGAUUAACGUUGAAUGGGCUUCAUGCACUGUCAUCGGUGUGGGGGGACUAGCCACGGAUUCGUACGUGUAUCCGGCAGUGUGGAAGGCCGCCACAGUCUUCAUAGUCAUUGGACUCAUAAUAAUGUCCAUCACCGUCAUGACAAGUGUGCUAAGUUGCUGCAUUCAAAGUAUAUUCAAGAAAAGCAUAUUCACGUUGUCUGGGGCGGCACAGGCGGUUGCAGGUAUUUGUUUCAUUUUGGGCGUGAUGUUGCAUCCGAUGGGUUGGGGGGUUGGAAGGGUCCAGGACCUGUGUGGAAGACAAGCGUCGCCCUUUUACCCCGGGGACUGCAGUCUCGGAAUGGGGCUGGGUUUAGCGGUCGGGGGCACUUUAUUGGCGUUCGUCUCAGCAUGUCUGUCUCUUCCUGCGGAAAAUUCCACCAGCAGUGAUAAAGUGCAAGAUCAAAUUUAUGAGGGGCAAACUCUUAUAUGUCUGGCCUGAAAAAAGCGGCAAGUGGCAUAAGUUUAAUACUCGUCAUCGCAUACCAAAACGGUACUAACCAGUGCCUUAUUGUAAUCUCAUGGGAACAAGUUUUGUUACUGUUUAUACAAGUGAUAUUUUAUUUCGUCUAUGGUGCUCUCUGCAUUGUACUGCUAUUUUGUACUUAUUUUAAGAGUAUGUUUAUUAGUUUUGUACUUUUUAUACCAAAAAUUUUAUUUUUAAGUUGAUAUAUGCAUUAUUUAGCCUUGCAGUUAUACCUAGGACUCCAAAAUAUAUAGUGUUCAAUAAAAAAUUUCGAAA